AGUUUUAAGGCCGAUUGAUGAGUAACCUCAGCCAGAUAUGCAAACCAGGCUGACAGUCAGCAGAAAGGAGGAGUUCUGUGUCGUGUGCUAAUAAUCCAUGAUCAUUAUGUUGUUCAUAUGAUAGUAGAGGGAGAGUAGCUUUCACCGUUGUUAUGUUUCUAACGAGUCCCUUCUGAGCUCUGCUUGGCAAUGGAUUUCAAAGUGCAUUUAUACAGUAAAAUAGAAGCAGCUUGGAGACUUUUCAACAAGGAUUAUUUGGAGAACAGUUCUCUCUUCUCCUCGCCUGCCACGUCUCUCACUGACAUCGCCGACGCUGAUGAUUUUAACCUGGACAGCCUCACACAACUCCCAAACAUCUGGGACCCAAGCAACAGUAUAGAGCUGGUCCAUUCAAAUCCACCGUAUUCCCAAGUUUAUUCUCAACAGAUAUUUCCAGUUCCCUCGUAUCCUGACCCAGCUAUCCCUAACUUUCAGUCUCCACUACAACCAGAGGAGGAAGAGGAAGGUGAUGAUGAAGAGACUGAAGAACUGGGGCACGCGGAAACGUAUGCGGAUUACGUCCCGUCCAAAUCAAAGAUCGGUAUCAGCCACCCAGACAGAGUGGUCGAAACCAGUACUUUGUCGAGCGUCCCACCUCCAGACAUCUCCUAUUCCCUCUGCCUUUCUCCAGAGACCAUUACCAAUGGUUCAUUGUCUGCACUACAGCUUGAAGCUAUCACCUACGCCUGUCAGCAACAUGAAAUCCUGCUGGAAAAUAACCACCGGGCUGGCUUCCUGAUCGGUGACGGGGCCGGGGUGGGAAAGGGACGUACAGUGGCGGGCAUCAUAUUAGAAAAUUACAGACGGGGCAGGAGAAAGUCCUUGUGGUUUAGCGUCUCCAACGACCUGAAAUACGACACUGAACGGGAUCUCAGAGAUAUCAACGCUGCAGAUAUCCCAGUGCACGCCCUCAACAAGAUAAAGUACGGUGACACCACGGCCUGCGAGGGGGUGUUGUUCGCCACCUACUCAGCACUGAUUGGGGAGAGCCAGGCGGGCGGGCAGCACCGAACCCGGCUACAGCAGAUCCUGGACUGGUGCGGGGAGAACUUUGACGGCGUCAUCGUGUUUGACGAAUGCCACAAAGCGAAAAACGUCUGUGUGAACGGCAGCGCCAAGUCCACCAAAACCGGCCAGGCCGUGCUGGAGCUGCAGAACAGGCUGCAAUCUGCUCGCGUCGUGUACGCAAGUGCCACAGGCGCCUCGGAACCAAAGAACAUGGCCUACAUGUGCCGGCUGGGGAUCUGGGGGGAAGGAACACCCUUUCGACAAUUUGAGGAUUUCCUUCACGCCAUUGAGAAGCGUGGGGUGGGAGCCAUGGAGAUCGUUGCCAUGGAUAUGAAAGUGAGCGGCAUGUACAUUGCGCGGCAGCUGAGCUUCUCCGGGGUGACGUUCCGAAUAGAAGAAAUACCCCUCGACGAUGGAUUCAAACUGGUGUAUAACAGCGCAGCGCUGCUGUGGGCCGAGGCGAUGAAUCUGUUCCAGCGCACGGCAGAUCUGAUCGGCUUGGAGUCCAGGAAGUCCCUCUGGGGGCAGUUCUGGUCGGCGCAUCAACGCUUCUUCAAGUACCUGUGUAUCGCUGCCAAAAUUAGACGUUUAGUGGAGAUCGUCAGACAGGAGCUGCGCAAAGGCAAGUGUGUUGUGAUUGGCCUCCAGUCCACAGGCGAAGCUCGCACACGAGAAGUCCUUGACGAGAACGACGGGCACUUGAACUGCUUCGUUUCUGCCGCUGAAGGAGUCUUUCAGUCACUAAUUCAGAAGCACUUUCCUUCAACAAAGAGAAAGAAAGAGAAAGGAGCAGGAAUGAAGAGAAAACGGAAACAGCGAGGACGGCCGCAGAAGCAUUUCCGGAACAUUGGCGACGUUUGCUUGAUUAAGAGCAGCGACGACAGCAGCUGCGAUUCCGACCUGGAGACUGACAGCGAUCCCAACUCCUCCCCCGCCUCCGCCAUGGAGAUAUCCGAGGACAACGAUGUCAUCGCCCUGGAUCCUCCCAUCAACGGAUUUCAGUCCGCGGAGAAAGCAACACUAGAAUAUGUGGAGAAAGUCAAGCUGGAGCUGCUAGCCAAGGUGGCUGUCCUGGGAAAAGAUCUACCUCUCAACACACUGGACGAACUGAUUGACUUGUUUGGUGGCCCUGAGCACGUGGCUGAGAUGACGGGGAGGAAGGGCCGAGUGGUUCGCAAAGCCGACGGCUCGGUUUGUUACGAGUCUCGAGCGGAGCAGAACCUUUCCAUCGACCACGUGAACUUGAAGGAAAAGGAGCGAUUCAUGAACGGGGAGAAGUUUGUGGCCAUUAUCUCUGAAGCAGCGAGUUCAGGGAUUUCACUUCAGGCCGACAGGAGGAUAAAGAACCAGCGGAGGAGAGUGCACAUGACCCUGGAGCUGCCCUGGAGUGCUGACCGCGCCAUCCAGCAGUUUGGCCGCACUCACAGGUCAAACCAAGUGUCGGCUCCGGAGUACAUCUUCCUCAUCUCUGAACUCGCUGGUGAAAGACGCUUUGCUUCCAUAGUGGCCAAGCGGCUGGAGAGCCUGGGGGCACUGACCCACGGUGACAGGAGAGCCACAGAAUCCCGAGACCUGAGCAAGUUCAACUUUGACAACAAGUACGGAAGCAGAGCACUGGAUAAAGUCAUCAAAACCAUCCUGGGGCAGAUCGAAAACAGAGUACUGCCUCCCUCAGAUUACCUUGGGGGGCCCAUCGAUUUCUUUGCAGACAUGAAGAAGGGGCUGACAGCUGUCGGGGUGUUUUGCAAAGAGAACCGUUAUGGAUGUAUAAAUGUAGAGAAGGACUGCAGCAUCACCAAAUUCCUCAAUCGGAUCCUGGGUCUGGAGGUUCACAAGCAAAAUGCACUUUUUCAAUAUUUCACUGACACCUUCGAUUAUCUCAUCGACAAGGACAAAAAGGAUGGAAAAUACGACAUGGGGAUCCUGGAUUUAGCUCCGGGAGUCGAGGAGAUCUACGAGGAGAGUCAGGAGGUUUUCCUGACCCCGGGUCACCCUCAGGAUGGACAAGUGGUUCUGUACAAGAUCAGUGUGGACAGGGGUCUGACCUGGGAAGAAGCUUAUCAGAAGUCACAAGCGUUGACGGGGACUUUCGAUGGUUUCUACCUUUCGUACAGGCUGAGAGGGACUGAACCGUACCCACUUCUGGCAGAGCAGCAUACAGCAAAGCAUUUUGUUUUGUACAAACCAAACAUCGGGAAACAGAUACAGCCCGAAAGCCUGGAUAACUUGAAGAAGAAAUACAAGAAGGUUGAACCAGAUGAGGCUAAAUUGUACUGGGAAAGACUGUACAAGUUCUCCCUCCAGAAAUGCAGUCACGCCUCAUGGACCGGCAAGUGCAAGUUAGUGCAGCAAGGCAAGGACUGCUGUCAGGGAAUGCGGAUCCGCCAUUACUACAUGCUGUGCGGGGCGCUGCUGCGGGUUUGGAACAAGGUGGGAAACAUCAUGUCUGACGUCACGAGUUCCAGUCACUUACAGAUUGUGCGGCUGAAAACCAAACACCAAAAGAAGCAAGUCGGUAUAAAGAUCCCCGAGAGCUGCGUGAAGAGAGUGAUGGACGAGCUGAAGAAAAUGCACAACGAGGUGAAAAAGAAGCACGAGGAAUCACGGCUCCAGCUGCUGGCCAGCCAGGACCUGCAGCUCUCCCCAAACCCCGUACAGAUGCCGUUACCGUUGCCGUUACCGGCCGUACAGCAGCCACCCUUCGCUAACGAGACUCAGAUCCUGUCGGAUUCCUUCGACCCUGUGCUGGUCCUGCAGGAACUGCUGGGAAUCGGCUUCGACCUGGGGCACGAAGAUCAACUGAUCAGCCAGGACCGACAGUCAGUCAUCCAGUUCGGGCAGCCCUCACACCUGUGGGACGCGGGCUGAGAGGGGCUGAGGACCAGCCAAGCCGCUCCACUCCGCUCUGCUGAAGUGCCUGACGCCAAAGUCAAACAGACCUUCUCCUUUCACCACCAACAAGGUCCAGGCUGGAAAUUUUGACAACGUCAUUGACUUUCCCCACGACAGUGCCUGCGUCUUAAUCAACAAACAAAAUACCGGGGACAAAGCUGUGCGUUCUCUUCGGAAGCCGUUCUUCUGUGAAGUUGGCUUCGAAGGCGGGUUUCCGCCAGCCUCGAAUCGUCGAGUGGGUUUGGGUGUCACUGGAGACUUCCAAAGUUACCAACUCUCUAACCCUCUCUUCUCCCCCCCCCCCUCAA